AUGACGAUACGUUACGAAGAAAGUUUCCUGCUGCAUUUGCGGGACUCGCCGCUAUGUGUCAAACCCACCGCUCUCCCUCCCGCUGAGGAAUGGAUGGGGCCACCGCCCGAGACAUUCCGUCCUCAGAACAAGACUACAGGGGAGAAGCUUAAAACCCAAGAGGGCGCAAUUGGCUCUUUUGACCUGAAUCCUCGUCGAAAUAUCGACCGACUCCUGUCUCGGUCAACAACAAGUCCAGAAGAUACCGCCAUUGGGAGCUUUGGCGCCCCCAGAACCGGCUUCCCCAGUGCUACUCUCCGAAGCACUGGCAAGAGUUCAUUCGAUCCUGACAAGAGCAACAAGGACGGCGAAUCUCGAGGUCGCUUCGAUUUUCGAACUAGAAAUUCCGAGAAUGAUCCUGUUGGAGAUCGCUUCCGAGACGGACGAAAUACGAAUUACCGACGACGUGGGGAAGGCGACCAGGAUAAUGAUGGCUGGAGUACCGUGAAGCCUCGAAAGAGCUUCGGCCAUGAAGGCGCCGAGCGCUUUAAUGGCCGAAUGGGUGGUGGAGAUCGCUACCGCGAUGAUCGACGUACUCGAGAUCGGGACGACGCCGACAAAGCCAACAUCAAUCGACGAACAUUCGACUCGGCGCCGAGAGACAGGGAUGUCGGCGACGACACCACUGAUACCAGGCCACGCAAUGGAAUUGCAAGGGGCAAAUCCGAGUCCUGGUUCAAGACUGAUGCCGCCCCUAGUGACGGCCUGACAGCUCGCGAGCGGAUCGAUAGGGCCAAGAGCUGGAGAGACCGUGACCGGGAUAACGACGCUCUUGAAGAUCGAUCGUCGGGAAGAACAUUUGACCGCCGCUGGGGACGUGACCGCGACCACAAGGUCGAGCGAGAACCGGAAUGGAUGGAUGAGCCGGCCGAGGACAAGGCUGGUGGCCACACGGAGGAAGACUUCAAGAAGUUCUUGGAAAGCAUGAAGGCCCGCGAGAGCGGCGCCUCGAGCAAGCCGGCCACCCUCCAACAGCCCACCGAACCUCCAGCAGCGGAGGCCCCGAAGCCCAAGGCCGAGUCAGCGCCAGCUGUUGAGCCCGGCCCGGAUAAGUUCUUCAUGGCAUUCGCGUCGCCACCUGCUGUUGAGAGUAGUACCCCUGGAGCUGUUUCCGAUGCCAAGGAUGCUGCUGGGGCGGCAAGGGCCAAGCUUCCUGGCAAGUCAUCUCGGUUUACGUCCUUCUUUAGCGCCGCGCAAGAAGAGAAGAAGCCGAGAGAGGUGAUACCUCAAGCCCCGGGCCCCGUCAACGAUGGCCAUGUGGAAUCGAACAACCACCCUCUUCCCCCGCCCGAUGAAGAAAAGGCUGCCUUCCAACAGCUUUUGAUGAAGCUCCAGAAGCAAUCGCUUCAAGUUAGCCCUGCUCCCGCGGCCUCCUCAUCCUCGUUCCCGGAGCCACCUCCUGCCGUCUCCUCGGCUGGGCCCGAGUUCCCCCCUACUCGGGCAGCCGCGAAUGCUACUACGUCUCCCGAGCCCGCCAACGUUCCUUACGGUGGGUCGACCGACGUCCCCGCUGAUGACCCUCGCAAGAGGAUGCCCUGGGCCAUGCAAGAUAUCAUUGCGCCCCAACCCAUGCUCCCCCAGCAGACAGCCGCCGCUCGCCAGGACCAGCUUUUGCAGAACCUCGUCGGUCACCGAGGCGACAGCGCGCAGCGGAGCGAUCCCAACGCCGCGCGCAACAACAGCAACACGGAGUUUUUGAUGAAUCUUAUGCGAAGCCAGCCUGAAGCUCCUCGCACGGACCAGAUGAUCUUGCGCGUGCCUCAGCCGCAGAAGUCGGCUCCUAUCCGUCAUGUAGUCGAGCGGGAACCCGACUUCCUCCACAACAAUAGGUUCCCCCCUCAGCAGCAGCAUGCCCAGUCGGUGCAGCCUCAGCUUCAGCACCAACAGCCUCAGCAGCAACAACAACAACACCUCCACCACCACCCUCAACAGCACCUCCUCCUCCAACAUGCCCAGCAGCAGCAUCAGCACCAGCAGCACCAGCAGCAAGUGCAACGUCAGAUGCGACACCAGCCGGGCUUCGUUGACGAACCUUCUUUCCAUCACGGCGAGCCCGAGCCGCCGCGCGUGCCUCAGCAACAGCCGACGCAGAUUUUGCAGCGCCCACCGCCUCCCCCCGGACUCGAUCAGAUGGGACCUGGCGGCCCCAACUGGAUGCCUCAGGGUGUAGGUGUAGGUGUAGGCGGUGGUGUCGGUGGACCGGGACCAGGAUCUCAGCAGCGGCCGAUGAUGCCACCUCCCGGACUUCCAGCCGGCCUUAGCAGGAACAUUCCUCUGCCACCAGGCAUGUACCCGCCUAACUUCCCGCCUGGCGGUCCCGGAUUCGCGGGACCGGACGCCAUGAGCGGGAUGCCUCCCAGGAACAUGCAGCCUCCCCCGGGCAUUUACGGCGCCCCUCCACCGGGGUUCUUCCCUCCUCCAGGUGUGGGUGGAUUCCAGGGCGGACCUCCGGGUGACGUCCACGGCUUCGGCGGUCCAGGCGGACAUUUUGACGCGAGGGGCAUGCCUCCCCCGCCUGGAGUCCCUAGGGGCGGUUUCCCCCGACCAUAG